AACCACUUAUCUGUUCUUUAUUUGUAUAAUUUUGUAAUUUGAAGGAUAUUGCACAAAUAGAAUUACAAAGUAUGUAUGGAAAGCAUCCAGUCUUUCACAUUCAGUAUAAGGUCAGCUGUAGGUACUUUGGUAGGUAUUCUUUAUCAAGUGUGGAAAUUCCCUUCUAUUCUUCUUUUUCUGAGCAUUUUUAUGGUGCUGAAUUUUGUCAAGUGCUUGUUCUACAUUGAUUGAUAUAUUCAUGUGAUUUUUCUUUUCUUUAGCUUGUUCAUAUCAGGAACUGCAUUGAUCGACAUUUGUUUUUUUUUUUUUUGAGACAGAGUUUCACUCUGUUGCCCCAGCUGGAGUGCAGUGGCAACUGCAGUCUCAACCUCCCAGGCUGAGGUGAUCCUCCCACCUCAGUCCCACCUGUACCUGGGACUACAGGUGUGUGACACCAUGCUGGGCUAAUUUUCAUAUUUUGUGUAGAGAUGGGGUUGUGUCAUGUUGCCCAGGCUGGUCUCAAACUUCUGGGCUCAAAGGAUUCGCUGGACUUGGUCUCCCAAAGUGCUGGGAUUACAGGCGUGAGGCACCACGCCUGGGUUGAUUGACUUUAGAAUUUUGAUUUUGCAUCCCUGAAAAAAACUCCACUAUGUUGUGGUGUAUAAUUAUUUUUAUAUAUUGCUGAAUUCUGUUUGGUAAUACGUUGUUAAAGAUUUCUGCAUCUUCACCUUGUUACAGCCUGGAAAAGGCGGGAGUCUAGGAUUUCUACUCAGCCUCUGUUCAUGUAGGAAUGAGUGGGGCCAGGGUUUUUCCUGUGGUGUUUGGCUGAAUAGAGCCAUUACUGCCUAAAAGUUUUUUUGUCUUUCUAGGCUUCCCAUUUCCUGGUCCUUGACUAGAGAGCGCAGGGUUCAUUGAGAAUUUUUUGUCUGUGCCUGUUGUCAUUUUUGGGUUACUGGCUUCUUCAGCUCCAAGUUUGGGACAAAGAAACAACAGAAAGCAAGCCCAGGGAACUCAGCAUCAUGUCAUUCCUUGGGUUCUGAGAUUUCUAGCUCAUCUGUCUUCUUCUCUCAACCUCUUGGAGUUUCCAAUGUUGGAAAAUAUAUGAAGUCCAGGAUUUUUUGUUGUGCUUAGCAGGAGAAAUGGAAUACUGAUGUCCACCCCAUCUUCCUGAGAGCAGAAGGAUUCUUUUUUUUUUAGUGAUUUUUGGUCAAUAUCAGAUGCCUGUUGAUGGUAAUGAGUGUGGAGGGUUAAUCAAUACCUUGACUAUCAGCCCAUUGUUGAGUGGCUUCUGUGAUAAAAAGUGAAGCAUUGUGGGAUUACAAAUGAUUCAGAAAGCUGAACACAUGACACAUUACUUUCAAGGGCUACAUUCAAAUGUUGCUCCUUUGUGGGUUUCCUUGACUGCCAGAAGGAUUGGAGUGUUGUGGUUCCACUCAUGUAGUGCCACUUUACUUGGUGAGCAGGCUCCUGCAUUUGUGGGGGUCUUACAGAGUUAUGAUAACAUUGCAGUCAGGUCCAUUGAAAUUGAGGUGUCUGACUAUCCAAUUGUGGCAGACAGACUUGUAGGUGGCCCCUGUGAUCUCUAUUCUCUGGCUUUUCAGAACUGUGGAUGGCCAUUGGGAACCUAAGAGCAGUCUUUCGGAGCUAAGGGCAGCCUCUAGCUCACAUCUAGAAAGAAACUGGGGAGUCAGUCCCAGAGCUGCAAAGAAAUGAAUUCUGUCAAUGACCUGAGAAAGCUUGGAAGUGAUUCUUCUCCAGUAGAGCCUGCAGAUGACAAUGCAGCCCGGCUGACACCUUGAUUGCAUCCUUGUGAGAGCAUAAGCAGAGGAUCUAGUUUGGCCAUGCCCGGACUUCCAACCUUCAGAAACUGUGCAGUGAUAUACAUGUGUUGUACAAAGCACUAAGUUUGUGGGAAUCUGUUGCGCAGCAAUAGAUGACAAAUACACCAACAAACAAGACAUUAUCAUUGUAGUGAAAGCUUUGGACACUCAUAAUAAAUUCUGACCCCUGCAGGGAUGGCAAAUUGCAGAUGAGUUUAUGUACCUAUGAUGGAGUGCUGCAAACCUAUGUUUGGAGACAUCUGCGGCAGGCUGGGAUAGGUGCUGGGUCUUGGAGAUUAUUUUAAUAUCUAUUUUAUAAGGUAGUAGUAAGAAUUAAAUGUGAUAAUGCAGGUAAAAACUGUUUAAUGCAGGGUCUGGCGCCUUCCCUGGCGUGCAGCCCAGUGAGUGUGGCUCUUGCCCACUUAAUAUUUCAAUGAGGGAACGUUUCUGUCAAUAUGCACAAAUUAUAAUGGCAAUUGAUUUGCAGAUCUCUUCUUUCCUCCUCUCCUUCUAAUCCACUAAUCAAAAAACUGGUUAGCCCUCCAACUGCUUUCCCAAGUUCAAAGCAACUUUUGGCGCAGUCCUUUCUCAACUCUCACACAACAAAGCAGUAUUUCUCGGUUCCCUACAACGAUCAUCACUCAAUACAAAAAACCAAGCAGGUCUGCCAAACCACUCUCAUACCCAGUCCUGGUCAUCUCCGCAGGAACAACUUCAGUUCUGGUUAAUAAGGACUUCAACGAAGGGUUCAUUAAGGUUUUCCCUCCACCGAAAGAAAGAAUACCGUCCCCAGGGAGCAGGCUCUUGGGCCCUAUUAUUUGCUCCCUGGAGAAAGAGAAGAGAGAGGAAUCCCAAGGCGUGGCCUGAACGCCCUUUGGGGGCGUGGGCAGUCCGGAGCCCCAGCCUCUUCCACUCCAAGCACCAGGCGCGUCUUAUUUUCAGCCCCCAAACGGCUACAAAUCAUCCGCCUUAUUUUCAGCCUCCAAACGGCUACAAAUCAUCCUGUUUAAACAAAGCGGUCUGCCUAAAAGGAGGGGCAUAACAGGGCCGGGGCAGGGGCAAGACCUGGGAGUAGGCAACCUCCCUCUCUGCCCCGAGCCGUCCCGGGCGCGCAGCCGCCGAGUGCCACAUCAGCGACGGCGCUGCACUUCCACGUUCCCUUAGGAUGCAGCCAGCGGGCCUGAGGGAGGGGCGGGCCUGAGGCCCUCCGGAGUGGCGGGCCACCCGGCCAAUCGGCGGCAAGUGAAGAGCUGCGGCCACCAAUGAGCUGGGGCUUGUGCCAGCAGCGGCCGCCGAGGCCCGUGCCCCGCGGGGGGAACAGAUGAAGCACAUCUGGACAGCUGUGCUGAGAAGCUGUGCGGCCCCCUCGCGGGCCGACGUCAGCCGAGCACGUCCCCCACGUCCUCUCCUUCUCGCCACUUAUUAUUUAUUCGUUUUCCCAAAGAAGCGACUAGGGACCCAAGUUUAAAAAUUCCCCCCCCCACCCAAUGCGAGACGUGGCCAGAUCCCAUCCAACACACGGUUUAAUUUUCAUGGGGCUCUGGGAUCAAAAGAACAGAAACAGCAACAACAAAAGCCCAGCCGCUGUCUGAUUUUAAGCUGGCAAAGUGGGAAAAAUAAAGUGUUGAGUAAACAGACCAAGUUGGAAACUUUUCAGCAUUACCUAAGAAACAAAGGCUCAAUUUUGGCUGCUUCGUUCUUAUCCCUUCUGCCACAGUUCUAACGUGCCUGAUCUACUGAGACCAAGGAUGACCAAUGACUCAGAAGGGAAAAUGGGAUUUAAACACCCAAAGAUCAUGGGGAAUUUCAGAGGUCAUGCCCUACCUGGAACCUUCUUUUUUAUUAUUGGUCUUUGGUGGUGUACAAAGAGUAUUCUGAAGUAUAUCUGCAAAAAGCAAAAGCGAACCUGCUAUCUUGGUUCCAAAACGUUAUUCUAUCGAUUGGAAAUUUUGGAGGGAAUUACAAUAGUUGGCAUGGCUUUAACUGGCAUGGCUGGGGAGCAGUUUAUUCCUGGAGGGCCCCAUCUGAUGUUAUAUGACUAUAAACAAGGUCACUGGAAUCAACUCCUGGGCUGGCAUCAUUUCACCAUGUAUUUCUUCUUUGGGCUGUUGGGUGUGGCAGAUAUCUUAUGUUUCACCAUCAGUUCACUUCCUGUGUCCUUAACCAAGUUAAUGUUGUCAAAUGCCUUAUUUGUGGAGGCUUUUAUCUUCUACAACCACACUCAUGGCCGGGAAAUGCUGGAUAUCUUUGUGCACCAGCUGCUGGUUUUGGUCAUCUUUCUGACAGGCCUCGUUGCCUUCCUAGAGUUCCUUGUUCGGAACAAUGUACUUCUGGAGCUAUUGCGGUCAAGUCUCAUUCUGCUUCAGGGGAGCUGGUUCUUUCAGAUUGGAUUUGUCCUGUAUCCCCCCAGUGGAGGUCCUGCAUGGGAUCUGAUGGAUCAUGAAAAUAUUUUGUUUCUCACCAUAUGCUUUUGUUGGCAUUAUGCAGUAACCAUUGUCAUCGUUGGAAUGAAUUAUGCUUUCAUUACCUGGUUGGUUAAAUCUAGACUUAAGAAGCUCUGCUCCUCAGAAGUUGGACUUCUGAAAAAUGCUGAACGAGAACAAGAAUCAGAAGAAGAAAUGUGACUUUGAUGAGCUUCCAGUUUUUCUAGAUAAACCUUUUCUUUUUUACAUUGUCUUUGUUCUUGGUUUUGUUUCUUGAUCUUUAGUUUGGAGAACAGCUGGCUAAGGAUGACUCUAAGUGUACUGUUUGCAUUUCCAAUUUGGUUAAAGUAUUUGAAUUUAAAUAUUUUAUUUUUAGCUUUGAAAAUAUUUUGGGCGAUACUUUCAUUUUGCACAUCAUGCACAUCAUGGUAUUCAGGGGCUAGAGUGAUUUUUUUUCCAGAUUAUCUAAAGAUGGAUGCCCACACUAUGAAAAAAAUAUUUGUUUUAUUUGCCUUAUAGAUAUGCUCAAGGUUACUGGGCUUGCUACUAUUUGUAACUCCUUGACCAUGGAAUUAUACUUGUUUAUCUUGUUGCUGCAAUGAGAAAUAAAUGAAUGUAUGUAUUUUGGUGCAGACACCUGAAA